AUGUCGAGCGCAGGAGUCAGGGCAGACACGCGAGCAGCAGCGGCUCAGGAUACAUUGGAUAGUGAGUGGGCGCUCGUCGAAGCCGCACGUGCUGCUGGUGUUUCCAAGCAACAGAGCUGGACCUCAAGCAGUCAAAAGAUCUUUGUUUUUGCUAAUGCGGGCGUAUGCCAAUUCAAUGUCACAGUCCUCUACGAUAUUUCCGUUCUGCUUCAGACGGGUCUGACUCGGGAUCAACUUAGGGCAUGUUCGGAUGUGCUGGAUGCGGGCGUGGGAGCCGAGGCAGUAGCUGUGAGUUGGCUUGGCAGCCAGCGGUGCUGGAAGGGUUCGUGCUAAGUGGUGGUCCACCCUGCUGUGGCCUCAUAUCAAUGCUGCGCACUUUCACUUCGGCCUACAGACGGCGGUACGAGAGCUCAGGAAGCAAGGUGGACCUACCCCAAACGCUCAUAAAAAGCGCCUGCGGGAUUGA